AUGAAGGAGGCUGCUGCGCCCCCACGCCGUAGCGCCCGUCUGGCUGCCGCACCUCCGUACGACAAGUCAGGCCUCGGCAGCGGCAGCGGCAGCAGCAGCAGCCAGAAGAAGAAGAAGAAGUCUGCCGUCCCCGUCGACGUGGUGGCGGCGGAAGACGGGAAGGAAAAGAGGCCCUCGGCCUCGACGUCAUCGCUCCAGCAGCAGCAGCAGGAGCUGCCCCAUCCGCCACCUCCGCGCACCUACGGCCGCCGGCGCGUCACCGCCGCCGCCGCCGCCGCCGCCACGUCGUCCAUCGGCUCGAGCAGCAACAGGCGGUCCACGCGCGCGGCCAAGAAGCGGAAGCUCGCCGACGACGAGGUCGACACGUCGGCGCUGGUGGGCCUCGAGGAGGAGCGCGACGAGGCCGAGGAGGAGCGGGAGGCGCUCGGCAUGGAGGAGGGCGAAUCCGAGUACCAGGAGGAACCCGCUGCGGCUGAGGACGAAGAGGACUACUAA